AUCUGCACUUGAACUCUUCGGCAACUGACAUUCCUAGACUGCAUGGGUCUCUAUUUCAGCUUCGUAGAGAUCAGGGAUCAUCUUCCACUUGUUUACGGAAACAUAUGCGUGACAUGGAUGCUCCAAAUACAAAGGCGAUCCACUCCUCAAAAGCGGUAGGGGAGCCACCAUUCUUUCUCGCCUCAGCCGUAUUUUUUGCCAUCAGAGACGCCAUUGCAUCAGCAAGGGCAGAAGAAGGUUAUAAUGGCUGGUUUUCUUUGGAUAAUCCGGCCACACCGGAGCGGAUCCGCAUGGCUUGUCUGGAUGAGUUCACUAGUUCAUUCGCCAAUGCCGAUUAUAGGCCGAAGCUUAGUGUGUGAUGGUUGCAACAUGGAUCAUCAUCAUCACCGUCAUUUGUUGUCGUUGUC